UCACUGCGUCCCUCCCAUUUACACACAGUGUCUGUUUCCCCCGAGGUGGCCAUGGUCAGCGCAGGAACCAGCAGCUAUGGUUUGCAGCGCGGCUCUAUCGCCUCUCCUGUGGCCCUUCCAUCAAUGUCCUCAGAUGCAGUGCCCACUGUCUCCGGUCACUCUCCGACUUUGUUUCUCACGGGGACCUCCUCUCCAUCUCCUGACCGUGUUUCCUCCCUAAGCAUGUCAUCCCUCACCUCCUCCAGAUCCUCACCGGAAACCCUUCCCUCUUCUCCAGCCACCACACUCUUACACAAUAAUUAUGCUCCCCCCAGCACCGUGUUGGCUCCUGUGUCUCCCACCCAUUCUAGGCAGGAGUCUCAGUCCUCUCUGUCAUGGGACUCAGAGCUUUCCACAUCAACAUCUCCCAGGGCUACAUCUUACACCACAAUGGAGACCUUUAUUUCCACAUCAAAGCCUAGCUCCUCUGAGGUUACAAGUAUUCAGAUGGAGUCACUGUCUACCCUUUCCCCUGGAUUGACAAAGUCCAGCACCUCUGAUCAGACCAACUCCUGCACAAAUACAAGCUGUCUCCUUUACAGUGUACCCACGGAGGCCAGUUCUGUGUUCUCCAAGACAGACAUCCUUCCCUCUUCCAGAACACCCAUCCCUUAUCCUUCUCAGUUCACUAAUUCUCCAGACUUCUCCACUCGGACAAUAGCCAGGCUCUUCGCCUCCUCCACCAAGACAGAUUCUUCAGAAGUAACUAUCACCACCCACACAAGUCCUUCUCAGGAUACAACACAGGAUACCCUUACCUGGGAGACAUCAACCACCAGAUCCUGGGCAGGGUCCCAUUCACCUGGCCCUGCCACUAUGUCCAUGAUUGCAGGGAACUUGCCUUCAUCCACUUUUAGACCAUUAUCCUCUUCUGUCUCCACUACGACUGGCUCUUCAACCAGCCCAGCCCUCCCUCGGACUACUUCCUCUCCCGCUACCCAUCUUGGGACAGAGAGCAUCCCUACUGAAGGAUCCUUGAUGACGCUCAGUGUGUUGGAGUCCAGCACCCAGCCAGUCAAGACCUCUGUAUCACCCACUUUGAAUAUCAGAGCCAUUGAGAGUAUUGACUCAAAAACAGAUACAAGUGCUUUUGCAGUUCCUCCACCCUCCACCCAAUUCACAAAACCCGAUGACACUGUGGAGCGGCACACAAAGAAACCCAAUGGAGCGGCCCCCAGAGGCACCGCGGGACCCGUCGAGGGCCCUCUGGCAGCCACAUCACCUGCUGGUUCUAAAGGUCCAGCCACAGGGAGGACAGGAAGAGCAGAGACCACACCUCUGCAGACCACCGCCACCCCCUCUUUCAUCACCUGGAUCUCCAUCCCCACCUCAGAAGACCUGAAGCUCCAGAUAUCGGGGGGAACCAUCAGCGCAGCUCCAGAGGCAGCGGCUUCCUCGGCCACGGGUCUUAGAGAACCUAUCGCCAGCACAGCUGUGCCCGGGACAACCCCCUCUCCACUCAACAGAGAACCGGAGGCCACAGCCUUAUUGGUCCCCAGUCCCGGGGCCCAGACCCGUUCAGCUGUCCCAACUCUUGCUGCGUCUUCUCCUGAGUCAGAUUCAACAGCCUCACAGGUCACCCAACCUGAGAUACAGGCAGGUCACUCCACCUCAACCCCGCCCGUCUCCUCGGGUGCAUCAGGACUGGAGGCCUCUCUGACCACUAGUUCCGAGGCAGUGACCACAGCACCUUUCUCUAGAACCAGCCCCAAUGUUCCCCGGGGUCGACCGCACCUCCCUUCCUCAAUGGAUACCAGUCCUGGGACAGAAUCCGCCUCUGCCGUUCCAACAAUGACUGCAUCGCCUGACAUACUAGAACUGGUGACCUCACAGCUCCCUAGCUCUGGGACAGACACCAGUUCAACUAAACCAACUCAAACUCCUUCUGAUAAACCAGGGACCACAGCCUCUCUGGCCACCAGCCACGGCACACCAAAGAUUCCAACCACUCCAAAUCCCUCCAUCUCGCCGGACGUAUCAGAGGGGGCAACGUCACUGGUCACUAGUUCUGGGAGAGAGACGACUACUACUCCUCCAGCUCCCACUGCUUCCCCAGGUCACCUGGAUACCUCAUGGGUCACCCAGGCUGAGACAGAAGCCAGUUCCUUUGUUUCAGCAGAGACUAUUUCCCCUGAAGAACCAGAUACCACAACCUCACGGGUCACUCACCCUGCGGAGGCCAGCACAGCAGUCCCCAGGACAACCCUGGGUUUUUCCCAAGGUGAAUCAGAUACCAUGCCCUCAACAGCCGCCGCGCCUGGAGAAGAAGCCGGUUCUGAUAUCCCAGCCACAGGGGUCCCACCUGAUAUCCCAGAUACCGUGAUCUCACUCGCCACUCCUUAUACAUCAGUGACCAUUAGGAAUAUUCCAACCCUGACGGUUCCAGCCGGUGAGCCGGAGACCACAGCCUCAUUGGUCACCCAUGCUGGGCCACCGACAGGUUCACCCGCUCCAGCUCUGACCGUCUCCCCUCGCGUGCCAGGGACAGGGACUGCAUGGGUCACCGGUUCUGGAGCUCAGACAAGUUUGCUUCCAACUCGGACUCUUUCCCCUGACCAACCAGAGACCACAGCCUCGUGGGUCACCCAUCCUGGGUCAGAAGCCAGUUCUGCUGCCCCGACUCUGACGGCUUCACCCAGUAGGAGCGAGACCACAGAGUCGUUGGGCCUCCAUCCUACGGAGACCAGCCCAGCGGUCCCCAGGACAACCCGAAGCUUUCCUCCUAGUGAAUCAGAUACCACACCCUCAACAGCCCUUGUUCCUGGGGAAGAAGCCAGUUCAGCUGUCUCCGCCUCCACUGUGUCACCUCAGGUGCAAGAGGCAGUGACCUCACCGGUCACUAGUUCUCUGGCAGUGACCGGUACAAGUCCUCCGAGCCUGGCUCUUUCUUCUUCUCAAUCAGAUACCGCAGCCUCAUGGGUCACCCAGACUGGGGAGCAGACCAGUGCAGCCGUUCUAACUAGGACUGUCCCUCCUGGUGGAAAAGGACUGGUGACCUCACUGGUCACUCGUUCUGGGACAGAGACAAGUACAACCACUCCAGCUCUGACCCUUUCCCCAGAUCGACUGGGCACCACAACCUCGCGGGUCCCUCACCCCGGGGCCGUGGCCGGUUCAGCUGUGCCCACCCCGACGGUUUCCCCUGGUGAGCCAGCUGCAACAGCUGGAGUCACCCGUCCUACAGAGACGAGCCCGGCCGUCCCCAGGCCACCCCCAGGUUUUCCCCAGAGUGGAUCAGACACCACACCCUCAGCGGCCGCCAGUCCCGGGACAGAAGCCAGUUCAGCUGAGCCAGUCAGGACUGCCUCACCUGAAGCACCCGAAGACACGGUGACCCCACAGGUCACUAGUUCUGAACUACCGGCCAGGAUGACUCUCCUGAUGACAACUCUCUCUCCCGGUGAACCAGAAACCACAGCCUCAUGGGCCACCCCUCCCAGGGCACAGACAAGCACCAAAGUCCCUGCCUCGACUCUUGUUCCUCCUUUAUCAGAGACCACAGCCUCCCUGUCCUUGGGACCUGGGGCGGAGGUUAGUACAGGGAUCCUGACUCACGCUGCUUCACGCGGUGGACCAGAGACAACGACUCCUCUCUCCGCCUCGCCUGCGACCGAGACCAGCAGAGCUAAUCCAGGCCCGACUGUGACAACGGGUGCUCCCGAAGAAGAAGCAGCCUCACUUUCCACCCGCCCCGGGACAGAGACCAGCCACACUGUUCCAGCCAUAACCCUGUCCCCCGAUUCAACAUCAACCCCCAGCGCCCCCAGCCCCUCAGCAGAGGCCAGCACAGGUAUCCCCGCUCCGACCAUUCCCCCCAGCGUCCCCGGGCUUCCCAGUGCCCCUACACCAAGUGAGCCCCCUACGGUGACCUCCUGGAGCGCAGAGACUUCACUGCCUGCAACUGCAGUUGGACUCCCAGAUAUUUCCAGGACUGUCACAGAUACCACUAUGACCUUGAUACCAUCAGAGAGCCCAACAUCACCUACAGCCAGUCAUGGAGAAGGAGCAGGUCAAACCACUACCCUGAAAGCUACCACUGAGGGGACCCCUCAUCUAGCUGCCGCCGAUUGGAGCUCCACGAUGGCUGACACCAGAAUCACCUUUGGCACACUGCCCGGAAGGCCCUUUAGCCCUCUGACCACACCCGCCAUGUCCACCUGGGGCCCUGAGAGCAUGACUCCAGGAACAGCUGAGGUUCCUUUGACGGUAUAUUUUACUAUCAACUUCACCAUCACCAACCUGCCCUACACGGAGGACAUGGGGCUUCCAGGCUCUGGGAUAUUCAAUGCCACCGAGAGGACCCUGCAGCACCUGCUCAAGCCCGUGUUCCAGAAUAGCAGUAUUGGGCACCUGUAUUCUGACUGCAAACUGACCUUACUCAGGCCUGAGAAAAACAGAACAGCUACUGGAGUGGACGCAGUCUGCACCUACCGUCCUGACCCCAUGGGCCUCGAGCUGGACAGAAAGAAGCUGUACUGGGAGCUGCGCCACGAGACCCACGAUGUCACCCAGCUGGGCUUCUUCACCCUAGACAGGGACAGUCUCUAUGUCAAUGGUUAUAACCAUCAGGCCUCGGGUCCCUCUCUCAGCACCGCUGUGAGCUCUACGAUGUUCCCAACGACUUCCAUGGCGCACGCCCACCUCUCCAGCUCCACAGCUGCAGUGGCGGUCCCUUUCCAGCUGCCAUUCACCCUCAACUUCACCAUCACCAACCUGGAGUACGAGGAGGACAUGCAGAACACGGGCUCCAGAAAGUUCAGCUCCACCGAAAGAAUCCUGCAGUAUCUGCUCAAAACCAUAUUCAAGAACAGCAGUCUGGGAUACCUCUAUUCGGGCUGCCGAUUAUCCACGCUCAGGCCUGAGAAGGACGGGGCAGCCACCAGAGUGGACCUGAUCUGCACACAUCGCCCCGACCCUAAAGGCCACAUAUUGGACCGAGAAAGACUGUACUGGGAGCUGAGCCAGCUGACCUAUAACAUCACCCGUCUGGGACCUUACACCCUGGACAAGGACAGUCUCUAUGUCAAUGGUUUCACCCAUUGGAGCCCUUCCCUCGUCACCAGCACUCCUAGGAUCUCCACGGUGGACCUGAGAACUUCUGAGUCUCCAUUCUCCUUCCCCAGCCACACAGCCGUGAGCCCUGCCCUGAUGCCCUUCACCCUCAACUUCAUCAUCACAAACCUGCAGUACGUGUCCGACAUGAGGCAUCCAGGAUCCGACAAGUUCAACACAACCGAGGCCAUCCUGCAGCGCAUACUUGGCCCUGUGUUCAAGAACACCAGUAUUGGCCCCCUCUACACUGGCUGCAGACUGACUUCACUCAGGUCUGAGAGGAACGGGUCAGCCACCAGAGUGGACAUCAUCUGCACCCAUCGCUCUGAGCCCACGGGCACCGGGCUGGACCGAGAGCUGCUCUACUGGGAGCUGAGCCGUGAGACUCGUGGCAUCACGCGGCUGGGCUUCUUCACCCUGGACAAGGACAGCCUUUAUGUCAACGGUUACACACACUGGGCCCUGACUCCUGUCCCCACGACUGAUAUGGCCUCUGUCAUACCCCCGGUGACUUCUGCACUCCCAGCCCCAAUCUCCACAGCCACCCCUACAGCGGCUGGCUCCAUGCUGGUGCCGCUCACCAUCAACUUCACCAUCGUUGAUCUGAUGUACGAGGAGGAGAUGCGUCAACCCGGAUCCUGGAAGUUCAACAUCACCGAGAGAGUGCUGCAGAAGCUGCUCAGGCCCUUGUUCAAGAACACCAGUAUCGGCCCUCUGUAUUCCGGUUGCAGGCUGACUUUGCUCAGAUCUGAGAAGGGUGGAACGGCCACUGGAGUGGAUGCCGUCUGCACCUACCACCCAGACCCCUCAGGCCUGGGGAUGAACAGAGAGCGGCUGUACUGGGAGCUGAGCCAGCUGACUCACGGCAUCACCCAGCUGGGCCCCUACACCCUGGACAGGAACAGUCUCUAUGUCAAUGGUUACACCCACCAGAUCAUGGCCACCACCACCAGGACUGCCAGCCUUACCCUGCAGCACUUCACGGUCAACUUCACCAUCCUCAACCUGCCCUACAUGGAGGACAUGCAGCCCGGCUCUGUGAGGUUCCAGUCCACAGAGACAACUCUGCAACACCUGCUCAAGUCCUUGUUCACCAACUGCAGCAUCGGUUCACUCUACGACGGGUGCACACUGUCCUUACUGAGGCCUGAGAAAGGUGGGACAGCCACUGGAGUGGACGUCAUCUGCACCUAUCAUCCUGACCCUGGGGGCCUGGGGCUGGACAGGGAACAGCUCUACUGGGAGUUGAGCCGCUUGACCCACGGUGUCACCCGGCUGGGCUCCUACAUCCUGGACAGAGACCACUUUUAUGUCAAUGGUUUCACCAGGCCAGUCCUGACCUCCACGGCCCCUGCUGCUGUGUCUUCCCCCGUCUCCUUGGGAACCUCGACUGCGUUGACCACAGCAGUCUCUGGCGCUGCUCUGGUGUCAUUCAGCCUUAACUUCACCAUCACCAACCUGCUUUACGUGGAGGAUAUGCAGCUCCCAGGCUCUGUGAGGUUCAACAAAACCGAGAAGGCUCUGCAGAAGCUGCUCAGGUCCCUCUUCCAGAGCACCAGUGUCGGCCUGCAGUACUCUGGUUGCAGACUGAUCUCUCUCAGGCCAAAGAAUGGCGGCGCCGCCACAAGCGUAGACGUGCUCUGCACCCACCACCAGAAAUCGGGGGCUCCGGAGCUGGACAGAGAGCAGCUGUACUGGGAGCUGAGCCUGCUCACCAAAGGGGUCACUCAGCUGGGCAGCUACACCCUGGACCGGAACAGUCUCUUCGUCAACGGUUACACCCACCGGACUGCGAUGACCACCACCAGUGUGACAGAACUGGCCCUGGAGUCCAUCACCAUCAACUUCACCAUCACCAACCUGCAGUACAAGGAGGACAUGCAGCCCCCAGGGUCCUUGACCUUCAAGACCACAGAGAAGGCUCUGCAGCUCCAGCUAGGGCCCUUGUUCAAAAACACCAGCGUGGGUCCCUUGUACUCUGACUGCAAAGUGAUUUUGCUCAGACCCAGGAAAGAUGGAUUGGCCACCAGGGUGGACGCAGUCUGUAACUACCGUCCUGACCCCGUGGGCUCCAAGCUGGACAUAAAGCAGCUGUACUGGGAGCUGAGCCAGCUGACCCACGGCAUCACCCAGCUGGGCCCCUACACCCUGGAGAGGAACAGUCUCUAUGUCAAUGGUUACACCCACCAGGCCACAGCAACGACUCCCAGUGACCUGACUCAAGGGGACCUCUCCUCUCCCUCCACGGAUGCCACCUCAGGACUUCGCCUGCAGUCCUUUACCCUCAACUUCACCAUCACCAACCUGCGCUACGAGGAGGAAAUGCAGCCCCCAGGGUCUUGGAUUUUCAACAGCACAGAGAAGACUCUGCAGCAGCUGCUCGGACCCUUGUUCAAGAACACCAGUGUGGGUCCCCUGUACUCUGGCUGCAGACUGACUUUGCUCAGGUCUGAAAAGAACGGCUCAGCCACAGGAGUGCACACCGUCUGCACCUACCAUCCUAACCCCCUGGAACCCAAACUAGAUAGAGAGCAGCUGUACUGGGAGCUGAGCCUGCUCACGCAAGGGGUCACUCAGCUGGGCAACUACACCCUGGACCAGAACAGUCUCUACGUCAACGGUUACACCCACCGGACUGUGAUGACCACAACCAGUGCCUCAGGACCUCCCCUGGAGUCCUUCACCCUCAACUUCACCAUCACCAACCUGCGCUACGAGGACGACAUGCAGCCCCCAGGGUCCUUGACCUUCAACACCACUCAGAAGGUCCUGCAGCACCUGCUUGGACCCUUGUUCAAGAACACCAGUGUGGGUCCCCUGUACUCUGGCUGCAGACUGACUUUGCUCAGGUCUGAGAAGGAUGGGUCAGCCACCAGGGUGGACGCUGUAUGCACCUACCAUCCUGACCCCGUGGACCCCAAGCUGGACAGAGAGAAGCUGUUCUGGGAGCUGAGAACACUGACCAACGGCAUCACCCAGCUGGGCCCCUACGCCUUGGACCAGAACAGUCUCUAUGUGAAUGGUUACACCCACCAGGCCACAGCAACUACUCCCACUGGUGAGUCCACACUUGGACCCAUGUUCAAGAACACCAGUGUGGGUCCCCUGUACUCUGGCUGCAGGCUGACUUUGCUCAGGUCUGAGAAGGAUGGGGCAGCCACCAGGGUGGACGCUGUCUGCACCUACCAUCCUGACCCCGUGGGCCCCAAGCUGGACAGAGAGAAGCUGUACUGGGAGCUGAGCCCAUUGACCCACGGCAUCACCCAGCUGGGCCCCUACGCCUUGGACCAGAACAGUCUCUAUGUCAAUGGUUACACCCACCAGGCCACAGCAACUACUCCCACUGCCUCAGGCCCUCCCCUGGAGUCCUUCACCCUCAACUUCACCAUCACCAACCUAGAGAAGCUGUACUGGGAGCUGAGCCCACUGACCCACGGCAUCACCCAGCUGGGCCCCUAUGCCCUGGACCAGAACAGUCUCUAUGUCAAUGGUUACACCCACCAGGCCACAGCAACUACUCCCACUGCCUCAGGCCCUCCCCUGGAGUCUUUCACCCUCAACUUCACCAUCACCAACCUGCGCUACGAGGACGACAUGCAGCCCCCAGGGUCCUUGACCUUCAACACCACUCAGAAGGUCCUGCAGCACCUGCUCGGAUCCUUGUUCAAGAACACCAGUGUGGGUCCCCUGUACUCUGGCUGCAGACUGACUUUGCUCAGGUCUGAGAAGGAUGGGUCAGCCACCAGGGUGGACGCUGUCUGCACCUACCAUCCUGACCCCGUGGGCCCCAAGCUGGACAGAGAGAAGCUGUACUGGGAGCUGAGCCCACUGACCCACGGCAUCACCCAGCUGGGCCCCUACGCCCUGGACCAGAACAGUCUCUAUGUCAAUGGUUACACCCACCAGGCCACAGCAACUACUCCCACUGCCUCAGGCCAUCCCCUGGAGUCCUUCACCCUCAACUUCACCAUCACCAACCUGCGCUACGAGGACGACAUGCAGCCCCCAGAGUCCUUGAUCUUCAACACCACUCAGAAGGACCUGCAGCACCUGCUCGGACCCUUGUUCAAGAACACCAGUGUGGGUCCCCUGUACUCUGGCUGCAGACUGACUUUGCUCAGGUCUGAAAAUGAUGGAUCAGCCACCAGGGUGGACACUGUCUGCACCUACCAUCCUGACCCCUUGGGCCCCAAGCUGGACAGAGAGAAGCUGUACUGGGAGCUGAGCCCACUGACCCACGGCAUCACCCAGCUGGGCCCCUUCACCCUGGACCAGAACAAUCUCUAUGUCAAUGGUUACACCCACCAGGCCACAGCAACUACUCCCACUGGUGAGUCCACAGUGACCCUGUCAUGGUCCCUUGACCUCCAUGGGGCAAGCAGCAGACCCCUGCCCACAUCUCCAGCUGUCAGGGAGGGUGGGAUCCAAGUCACAGGCUGGAAAGCCAGUGGGAUAGGUCUCAGCUCUGAUCACCUUGUGUUGAUGCCUGGACACACACCAAGGUCAUUAAAUGUCGUUUGGGUGGAAAAAAAGACUAAACCCCCAGGGUCCUUGACCUUCAACACCACUCAGAAGGUCCUGCAGCACCUGCUUGGAUCCUUGUUCAAGAACACCAGUGUGGGUCCCCUGUACUCUGGCUGCACACUGACUUUGCUCAGGUCUGAGAAGGAUGGGGCAGCCACCAGGGUGGACGCUGUAUGCACCUACCAUCCUGACCCCGUGGGCCCCAAGGUGGACAGAGAGAAGCUGUUCUGGGAGCUGAGCCCACUGACCCACGGCAUCACCCAGCUGGGCCCCUAUGCCCUGGACCAGAACAGUCUAUAUGUCAAUGGUUACACCCACCAGGCCACAGCAACUACUCCCACUGGUGAGUCCACAUCCUUCACCCUCAACUUCACCAUCACCAACCUGCGCUACGAGGACGACAUGCAGCCCCCAGGGUCCUUGACCUUCAACACCACUCAGAAGGUCCUGCAGCACCUGUUCGGACCCAUGUUCAAGAACACCAGUGUGGGUCCCCUGUACUCUGGCUGCAGACUGACUUUGCUCAGGUCUGAGAAGGAUGGGGCAGCCACCAGGGUGGAUGCUGUCUGCACCUACCAUCCUGACCCCGUGGGCCCCAAGCUGGACAGAGAGAAGCUGUACUGGGAGCUGAGCCCACUGACCCACGGCAUCACCCUCAGACCCUUGUUCAAGAACACCAGUGUGGGUCCCCUGUACUCUGGCUGCAGACUGACUUUGCUCAGGCCGGAGAAGGAUGGGGCUGCCACCAGAGUGGAUGCUACUUGUACCCGCCGCCCCGGCCCCACAAGUGUUGGACUGGACAGAAAGCAGUUGUACGAGCAACUGAGCCAGCUCACCCAGGGCGUCUCCCAGCUGGGGCCCUACACCCUGGAUAAGGACAGUCUCUAUGUUGAUGGUUAUACCCACCAGGCCUCGACCACCACCUCCAGCAUCAAUGGCUCCUCCGUGGUAGCGGUCACCCUCAACUUCACCAUCACCAACAUGCGACACACGGAAGAGAUGGAGCACCCAGGGUCCUUGAAGUUCGUCUUCACCGAGAAGAUCCUGCAGCGCCAACUCAAGACCGUGCUCAACAAGACCAGCGUGGGCCCCCUCUACGGCGGCUGCAGGCUGGCCUCGCUCAGGCCUGAGGAUGGCGGAACGUCCACGGGAGUGGAUAUGGUCUGCACCUUCCACUCUGACCCCGUGGGCGCCCGGCUGGACACGGAGCAGCUGUACCGGGAGCUGAGCCACGAGACCCAGGGUGUCACCCGGCUGGGCUCCUACACUCUGGACAGGAACAGUCUCUACGUCAACGGUUACACCUUUGGAGCCGCAGCCCUGACCCCCACCACUGGGGAGGUCAGCAGGGAGCCCUUCACCCUGAACUUCACCCUCUGCAACCUGCGCUACUCGUCUGAAAUGCGCCACCCCCAAUCCCUCAAGUUCAACAUCACGGACAUCCUCAUGCAGCACCUGCUCAGCCCUUUGUUCCAGAGGAGCAGCCUGGGGGCCCAGUACAGAGGCUGCCAGGUCACGGCCCUAAGGUCUGUGAAGAACGGUGAGCAGACCCAGGUGAAUCUCCUCUGCACCUACCAGCGGCCACCCAGGGGCCCAGGUCUGUCGGCCCAGCAGGUGUUCCACGAGCUGAGAAGGCAGACUCGGGGCAUCACCAGGCUGGGUCCCUACUCUCUGGACAAGGACAGCCUCUACCUCAAUGGUUACAAUGAGCGUGGUCCGGAUGAGCCUCCUCCAACUCCUGAGUUAGCUACCACAUUCCUGCCUUCGCCCACGACAUCGGCGCAGCCAGAAACCACCACAGAAGCGAAGCCGUCCACUCCUCUACCAACAGAAGUGCCCACCAGAAGUUCCAGCUCCCAGAACUUCCAGCUCAACUUCACCGUCACCAACCUGUUCUAUACCCAGGACAUGGCUCAGCCGGGCACAGCCAGACACCAGCGGAACAAAAGAAGCCUGGAGAAUGCGCUCAACCAGCUUUUCCGGAACAGCAGCAUCAAGGGUUACUUUUCUGACUGUCAAGUUUUAGCAUUCAGGUCUGUCCCCCAUAGCAACCACACUGGGGUGGACUCCCUGUGUCACUACUCACCGUUGACCCGGAGAGUGGACAGAAUGGCCAUCUAUGAGGAAUUCCUGCGGCUGACCCAGAAUGGCACCCGGCUGCUGAACUUCACCCUGGACAGGAACAGUGUCCUUGUGGAUGGAUAUUCUCCCAUCAUAAAUGAUGUUAUGACUAGAACUUCUGCCCUUCCCUUCUGGGCCAUCAUCCUCAUCUGCCUGGCGGGACUCCUGGGACUCAUCACGUGCCUGAUCUGCUGUUACCUGGUAACCAUGCGCCGGCGGAAGAAGGAGGGGAAUUAUGAGGUGCAUCACCGACCCCUGGGCUACUACGUGCCACACCUGGACCAGAGGAAGCUGCAGUGAUUCCACCUACGAGUGGAACCAAGUGUCCCGGGUGUGAGGCCCGCUGUACCGUCCUGCCUGGAUUUGCUGGAAUACGUUGCGUGAUCUCCACACCUUUUUCAGCCCAGCACAAGCGAUAAUAUCCAGGGGCUGGGAAUUAAACCGACCAUCCUGCCAGCCCCCCCCCCCCCACCUUCGAGCCGUUUUGGAGCGAGCCUCACAUCUGGCGCAGGCUUGCCUCUAAGAAUGCACCCUCUGAAGAUCACAGUAAUGACGCUGAUGACCGCCACUCAUCAACUACUGUCACACCUCCAUCCACCACAGGGAUACACGCCAAGAGACCCAAGGUCCUUUGAUCUUCUGUGCGCUCUGCGAAAAGGGUCAUCGCGACUUGGCAAGCUCUGCAGGCACCAGAUCCAUCAAUGCUGUCCCUCUGCUAUGUCCCUCUUUGAAUGUAGCUCCCCCAAAAUCUCAAUAUUGGAAACUUAAUCCCCAAGGCGACAGCCUACAGUGAGGGGGACCUAGCAAGGUGUGCUCAGGUCCCAAGGGCUCUGGCCCCGUGAGUUGGCAUAAUGCCACUACAGAUGAGGGCUAUGGGAGUGGGCACUCUCUCUUCCCUGCUCUUCUGCACGGCGAGGACUUAGCAUUGGUCUCUUUCGCCCUUGCACCGUCCAUUAUCAAGAACAAAGCUACAAGGCCCUCGGCAGAUGCUAGCACCUUGAUCUCGGAAUUCCCCACCUCCAAAACUCUGAGAAUAAAUUUCUGUUCUGUAUAA